AUGCGACAGGCUAAAGCCAUGCUCAAGCUGUUCCAGGUCAAAGGCUGCAUGCGUCUAUCGGGCCCCUAUGCCGUCGCAGAGACACCGAAGGCGCCUGAAUCAGCCCAUGGAAUUCCAUUCGAAGGAUUGGGCAAUUCAUGGAUUCCCUCUCAGUGGGAAGAGAAGCUCGUCAGGAGUCGGACACAAGCAAGCCCUGAAUCCAUGUCCUCCGUCGAGGCAGCUGUAGCAGCUGAGACGCAGCUUUUGCCAUCAGCUGGACAAGAUUCAGGCCGAGAAGUGCUGCUUGAGCUUGAGGGAAAUGACGGGGGAGCGUGGCUUUGGUCCGAGCUGCCUGAAAUCUUGAAAACUCCGCCAAUUUCGCAUCUCAGGCAGCCUGAUGAAGAUGUAGAACAAAGGCAGCCUACAUCUACUGACACGGUCCCCGCUACACUCUCUAUAUUUACUCUUCAUCAUGUAUCUACACCUCCGGGCCAGCUGGAGUUGCAUCCUGAUCCCAAGCAUGUUUUCAGGCUCUGGCAGGCUUUUGCAGAUAAUGUCAAUCCACUGACCAAAAUCAUUCACGCACCUACCCUUCAGGAGAAGAUCCUUGGGGCAGCUUGGACGGCGGAAUCGACCGCAAAGCCUCUAGAGGCCACCAUGUUUGCGGUGUCGGUGCUUUUGAACCGAUAUCGCACGGGCGCAUUGAGUGCCUUGUCUUGCACUAAUCUGUUCUCAACGCGAGAUCUGGACGUCCUACAGGCUUUGACUCUCGUCAUAAUGAUCGAUCCACAGUCCGAAUUCUCAACUACAGCAGUGGCACUGGCCAUGCGCACCGCCCAUAAAAUGGGUCUGCACCGUGCUGCCGAAGACGCUCAUAUGCCCUUCUUCAAACAGGAGAUGCACGUCCGCUUGUGGUGGUACAUCCGCGGCUUGAAUUCCCGCGUCCGUCGUGGCAUGGGUUUGUUAUCGACAAUCGAUGAUUUGGGCGAUGCUCGCCUCCCGAUGAACGUCAACGAUGCAGAUCUGCACCCCUGCAUGGAGAAGCCUCCCGCUGUUCAGCACACGGCAGCCACAGAAAUGGUCUACUGUUUGAUGAAAUAUGACCUCUGGAGCUUCGUGCGCAGGUAUUCCAACUUUUCCGGCAGCCUGAACCCGAGAGAAAAGGCAGCCCAGCUGACCACAUCGACCAGUGUUGAGAGUGUGAUGAAGAAGAAAAAGGUUCUGGGCGAGGUAGGUCGUAUGCUGCAGGAGAAAUACCUUGAUCAUCUCGAUCCAAGCAUACCGUUGCACCAGUUAUCGGCUGCUCUAGCCGGCCUUACAAUUCACAACCAGCAAUUUUCGAUGCUACACCCCCGAAAUCAGCCCCAAAGAGGUAAAUACAUGCCCCAAGCUGAUCAAGACCUCGUCUUCGAAAGCAGCGUCAGGCUGCUGGAAUUGAACCGUGAAGUGCGCAACACAAGCUUCUCAACCAACCUAGUGGAUCAUAUGGUAUGUCGGACACAAGUUGAUGCCUUGGUGUACAUGAUUAGUGAGCUGCGACGGAGGGCGAGUGGCCACCUGGUUGAGACUGCAUGGACCCUACUCGAGGACGUGUAUAGCCACCAGUCAAUGGAACUCCCCUUGGAUCAAAAGUUCUCCGCCGCACUGACGGAUUUGAUCCUACAAGCAUGGAAAACUCGCAAGGAGGGACUAAGACCCGAAGCAGAGGCACCCAAGUUUAUUCAGACUCUGCAAGCAGGAAGGGAGCAGCUACAAGAUUUAGCUGAGCAGGUGGCGGGCGUGGAGGUUCCGCAGACUGGACUCAUGGGCCAUUGGACACAAGAUGAACCUCUCGAUUGGACCUACUGGAAUGACUUGCUUCAACUAUGA